AUUAUAGGCCUAGCUGCCUAGCUGCCGACUGCCGAGUGCGAGUGCCUUGUGAGGUGUCCCCCCCUAUACUACUAUCAUAUUCAUUGUUGACAGACAUCGGUGUCUUGUAGAAGGACUGGCAGCUGUGGAGAAGGAAAAUGCCGUCCAAGAAUGAGAAAUUUUACGUGUCUGUACUCGCAAUGAUAGGUGCUGGAGCUUCUAUGUUGGCCGUGUGGUCAUUAUGGAAGUCAUUCAGGAGAAAACAGGAAAAGAGCAAGACCUACAUCAAAAGCAAGGCUGUUCAUGUCAUAGACACACCACAACAGUGGGAUGCUCUGUAUCCUCAACUUGUAGAGCAGUUAUCCAGACAGAAGGUUCUUGGACUGGACUGUGAAUGGGUAUUGAAAAAGAAAGUUGCUCUUCUUCAGCUGGCUACAACACAGGGACUAUGUGUCCUUGUGCGUCUAUUUAAGUUUGAUCCUGUUAUGCCACAGACACUGGUCAGUUUACUCUCAGACAAAAGUAUCAUUAAAGUUGGUGUGGCUGUGAAUGAGGAUGGGAAGAAGCUCCUUCAAGAUUAUGGGUUGAGAGUUUGCGGCUGUGUGGAUCUGAGGCAUAUGUUGAAGCGAGUCAGGGGAGUGUACACUUGCACUUCUAAAGGUCUCAAAGGUUUGGCUAAGGGAAUUCUAGAUCUGGACAUAAGCAAAGACCCCCAUGUACGUUGUGGGAAUUGGGAAGCUGAGGAGUACUCUGAGUUACAGAGAGAUUAUGCUGCCACAGAUGCUGCAGUAGCCGUGGAUAUUUUUCUUCAACUUGUCUACACCAAGCUACAAAUGACAGAAGCUGCUUCUCUUGAAGGACAGUCAGGAAAAACAGAGUCCAAGAAUAAGCUGGAUGAAUCUGUUGUGUCGAUCGUUAUACCAAAAGAAGUAUCAGACUCUUUGCUAGAAAGUGGAAUGGAUAAAAGGAUUACUGCUGAUGAAAGUGAAACUGAUAGUGGACUUCGUCCACACACAGGAGUGGAAGAUUCUCAGAAUUCUAUUGCAGAUGAUUUAACAGCUACAUCAUUGCAGAAUGACAAGCUUUAUGUUAUAAACAGGAAUUCAUCAGCUGAGAAUGCUGACAUGGAGGGAGAGAUGUCUGCUGCUCAUUUAGAUAUGUUGUGGAAAACUGGUAGAUCGAUGUGUCAAGGACUUGUGGAUGUUCCCUUCAUUUCUAACACAAAGGGUGGUGGACUGCCGGUGAGUAAACCAAAGGGGAAUCAAAAAGCUGGGCCUGUGCCUGCCUACAGCAUGAGGAGACGACCGCUAUGGGACAACUGUAGACUCCUGGCCCCAGAUGACACGCCCCUGUGUACUUGUGAUGUCAAGAAAGCUCAGUGGUAUCUUGAUAAAGAACUUGGAGACAAAAUAUGUGAUGAUCCCUUGACCGUGCGCCUUCGCUUUGAGCCUGCUAAUCGUCCAGACACUGAGAGAAACUACUAUCUCCAGGUGAAGGAAAACCUGUGUGUUGUGUGUGGCCAUGACCAGGAUUAUGUCCGCAAGUUUAUCAUUCCCUAUGAAUAUAGAAAGUAUUUCCCAAAUGCUCUGAAGGACCAUAGCUCUCAUGAUGUGUUGUUGCUGUGCACACCCUGCCAUAGGCGGAGCUGCGAUUUCGAUUCCGCCCUACGACUUCAAUUGGCUCAGGAGUGCCAGGCCCCAGUGGAAGCUGGCGCCACCGCGAAGACUGUUUUAGACCAUGAUUUACAGAAAAUUCGCUCUGCUGGCAGAGCUCUGAUGUUGAACAAAAGUUCCAUUCCUGAGGCAAGAGUGACUGAGCUAGAGAAAGUUCUUAAGGACUUCUAUGGAGUGGAGUCGGUGCCGGAGGAACUCAUUAAGCAAGCAUCAGACAUAGAUGCAAGACAAAUAGCUGAAGGCUAUAUUCCUCACGGCAAGCUUGUAGUGAGGCACAUGGCUAGGAAUGGAGGACUGCUGGCCUUUCAAGCCAGAUGGAGACAACAUUUCAUUGACAUGAUGAACCCGCAAUAUCUACCAGCAUUUUGGUCCGUGGACUUCGUUCCAGAUGGAUGGGGGCAGCGGCAGUCUCUAUCUUAAUGCAUCCAGUGACACUGCCACUUCAGCUUUUGACCCAUUGAGAGAAGAAUUUGUACAAACUGUGAUAGUCGAUAACUUGACAAAGAUUUUGAUGAUCGCAUUGUAAUAGUUACUGUAAAGUUAAAAUAAUGCUGUCCAGGUGUAUUUUGUGAAAAAUAUUUUGUUUUAUAAAGAAGUUUACAAGGAUUAUCCUUGAUGCUGUUCAUGUUGUCCAACUUUGUGUGGAUUGCGUUAUCAUGCAUCCCUUUCUGCCAUGUUCAGUAACUUUUUUGGCUGCUCAUUUUAUGUAUGAUCUUGCUGAUGUUCAAGUAGAUGUUUUUUUCAUUACAUUUUUAUACUAAUGCCAGUGACAGAUAGAUAAGGGAAAUAAUUCAGAUAACAAUUUCCUUCCAAAGUUAUAUGGACUACUUCUCUUUGACCCCAAAAUUGUUUUCUGUGUUUUGUUAUCUUUUUAGGUUUUUCUUUUUUUUUUUUGGUCAUUGUUGCUUUUCAUGUUUGCAAAUUUUCUAUUUGUGUCUUUAUCUCUUCAAAGAUAGUUUACUAUGAAUUCAAUGAAUACAGAUGACAAUGUAGUCUAAGCAAUGGAAGUGCACCGUGUUUGCUACUAAACCAUUUAAAUGAUUGCCUGGGUUUCCUGAAAUCCUGGAAAAGGGAGAUAGUCCUCUAAAAAUAGCAAACAUAAAUUUUUUAAAAGAUUCAUUAAAAAAAAAUCCUUUACAAAAUAAUCAGGGAAAAAACACAACCAAGGAAAAGGAUACUGCUUCUAACGAGCCAGCUGCGGUCUGUAUGGGCAAGCUAUUUAUUUCUCCCGUUAUAGCUGUGACUGUGGGGUUUUCAUUCUUUACCCAUCUAUUUCGUCAAAUCAAAAAAUAACCAAAUCAUCUUGUGACUUGAAAAUAUGAUAUUACAACAGACCAAAAAAUGAAAUGUUAACAUCUUUUUGUUUGGUCGAGAUCGCUUUACAGGCUGAAUUUUUAUGUGUUUUUAAAGUUUCAACUCCAUCGCAUCCUCCAUUUCAUCAUAUUCAUUU